UGCUCCACAGACACAACUUUCAGAUAUUUCCACAGGUACCAAGAGUGGUUAAUUUUGAGUCUAUAUUUGAUAAGUCUACGAGCGAUUACCAUUGAGUCCAUUACCGGGAGAAAUCCACUGCUUUCAUAGUGCUACAAGCUCGUUUCAUGCACUGAAAGCUCGCAUUAUUUCCGUCUAGCUGGAAAAAGAUUACCGAUAGAUUUAUCCCACAAUGUCAAAACGUGCCGCGGUUACUCCAUCGCCCAACCCGGAGAUAAAUUCUCUUGCACAGGCGUUUAACAACUUCCAGCUCGGUCCGGCCCUUCCCCCCGGAAUUCCACCUCCGAUUCACAUCAUUGGAUUGCCCAAUGAUACCUCCGCUGACGAUUUAGCGGAAUUGCUAAAUUCCUUUGUGGAUGAAAAUACCUACUCGGAGCUUAUGUUGUUCAACCAGCCCGGAGACGAAUCGGACUGCUGGGCGAGUCUAGUGGUGCACGACUCCUACUCUCUCGACAAAUUGCUCCAUGUCUUACAGGACUAUGGUUGGAAAGGAAAGACCGUCAGAGCUGUAAUUCCUGGCUUCUUCGAUAAUCCUUAUGCAUAUGAACUGCCGUAUGACGAGGCUGCCAUCCCAGCGAACCCUUACAUGAUUCCAGUAUCCCCUCCCCCUAACCCCAUGAUGCCGUAUUUCCCGAUGAACCCGGCCCAGGCCCCCGUAUACAUGAACAAAUACCCUCCGAUGUAUCCCCUGUUUCCCCUGGGCUUUGUCCCGUAUGGUUUGGAAGCCCCGCGCAUGCACCUUGGAGACAUACCCGGCGACUUCAAUCGUGGUCUGAAGUUUGAGGAUACCUACUCUCCCCACCGUACCCCAGGCCGGUUUGCUUCACAAUCGCCUCGAGUGACCCCCUCCAGUCUCGUGACUUCGCCAAGCGGGGGGAUGAGCCCCGUCUACGGCUAUGGAGCACAUUCUCCGCCGUUAUACUCGUCAAACAAACAGGGAAGGUAUCCAAACUACUACUCCCCUAGAAGCGAUCCCCGGAACCGCACAAGCUUGCACUACAAUCGGAAUUUCCCGCUGAAAUUUGAACAGCCAAUGGAAUUCCCAUACCCGCAGUGGUACCCUGCCAACCAAUAUCCAUCGCCGAUGAACCGAAGCCAGUUUCACGGAGGGAACGAGGUAUUCGACCCACGGAGACUUUUUGUGGGGAACAUUCCGUACACCACCACCUGGAUGACGGUCAAACAACAUCUCAGACUGGCGGGAAAUGUAGUACGAGUAGACGUGCCAGCGGACUCGCAAAGAGAAUAUGGAUUGAGCAAAGGGUUUGCGAUUGCGAUAUUUGAGACGGCCGAGGGUGCUACCCGUGCGAUUGAGGAAUUGGACGAAAGUGUGUUGGAAGGGCGUAUAAUCACUGUGAGGUAUGACCGGAUGCCAUACUCCAGGGGGAAUCACCGGAGCUACCAGCCGUACAACCGCCAGCACCGUGACGGGUACGGCGAGGGGAUUCUGGGUAGUCUGCAGUAUAUCCAUGACAUUAUCGACGAGCGGGGCGGCACCCCGGAAAACACCCCGGCAUCAUUAGCGGUAUCUGGUACGAAGGAGGAGAAUGCAGGAGCUUCAACACCGAAAGAUCAUGCCAAGGCCCAGGAAAAUAUAGGCCUGGUGGAUGAAAGCAAAGAGGCCACCUUGGCCCGCGACCUUGUCGACUCUAUCGACGUGGGGAAUUAAGAAGUGUGAGGCCCCUGUGGGGUUGGAUAGCGCGAUGGUUAUCGUUUUUCUGAAUAUGCCUUGAUUGAUCUAUGCUGUUAUCAUUUGUGCCAAUAUCCUGCUCAAAGAGCCGCCAACACUGUAAUAUUACAGGAAAAAAAGUGUGCCCAUUGUAAAUAAUAACUAUCACUGGUUUAAAGGCCCAGAGUACACUGCUUGGAUUGAAUGCUAAUUCAUCACUAGGCGAAGCUGCAUCACCAUCGGAUGGUAUGCACGCCCCAAUGCAUCUACGUGGUGCGGCUGGUGUCGCCCACCUUGCAUUUGGUAUAGAGCUGUCACUGAAUAUGUCAGCCGCUUAUUAUUUCGAGAGUUCUCUACAAAUAAUACUAUAUUAUAACCAUUUCUAGUUU